CGGCAGAGGAUGCAGCUGGUUGUCAUGGCAGCAAUGCUGGCCCUGGCUGGGGCGGGGCGGUCCUGCAGCUUCGGCUGUCAUCUGACCAACGCCCGCAUCCCAGUGGAGAGCUGUGGCAGGACGGAGUUCAUCCACACCACCAUCUGUGUGGGACAGUGUUACAACGAGGAUCCGGUCUACAUCGGCAAUGACGACUGGCCUGAACAGAGAACCUGUAACGGGGACUGGACCUACGAGGUGAAACACAUUAAAGGAUGUCCGGUGGGCGUCACCUACCCUGUGGCCAGAAGUUGCGAAUGCACGGCGUGUGACACAGGAAACACAUACUGCGGGCGCUUUCAUGGAGACAUAUCCAGCUGUCUGUCUCUUUAAAGAAACCUACAUUUACGUAUUAUUUGUCUCACGUGACUUGGUACUGAAAUAAAUAGGUAUCACUCAAGUUUUUGGGUUUUGUCUUUUUUU